AUGCCGAUCACUCGCGAGCCUGCCAGAACUUCUACUCGGAGAUGGUAUCCCAAAUCCCGGACGGGUUGCCGUAGCUGCAAAUCCCGAAAGAUUAAGUGUGAUGAGCUACGGCCCUGCUGUCGAAAUUGCAUCAAACGUGGUAUCGAAUGCGACUUCGUUCAGUCGACCACCGCGCCAACUCCGCUCGUCCCUGACCGUACAGUCGGGGUAAGCAUCGAACUUGAGCUCCUCCACCAUUUUACCGUUUCUACCUGCUCCACUCUUUCCACAGAAGCCCAAGUACGCAAUCUUUGGCGUAUCAAUGUUCCCCAGAUCGGUUUCUCUGUCAAAUACGUUCUCGAUGGCAUCCUUUCACUGUCGGCUCUACAUUUAGCUCGGUUCGACCCAGCGCGGAAGGACUUCCUGGUCUCCCAGUCGGUUUUAUAUCACACCGCUUCCUCAGCUGUUGCGCUGCCCCAAGUUUGCAGCAUUACAGCGCAGAAUUGCUGCUCUCUCUUCCUCUUUGGUGUCCUCACGCUUUUCUUCAGCCUUGCUAGCCCCAAAAAGCCAGACGACAUUCUUGUCGUCAGCAACGGCGUCAUACCCGAGUGGCUAUUCCUACUCCGAGGUAUCCGCCCCAUGUUUGAGCUGCAAAAGGCAGCCAUCUUGACCUCGCCUGUGUCCGUCCUUUUCCGUACCACAAUCAGCAGUGUGAGUUUCUGGGAGUCACACUCACCAGAGGACCAUGAAUUCCUCAAAGAACUUGAGUAUAAUAUCCGUGCACAGAACGCCAAUGAUUCUUGGAAGGAGAAAACACUCCUCGACGCCGUCGACGCGCUGAAGCGGAGCUAUAGCUUCCUCAAAGGAAAGGACUUCCGGGACCAAGAUAAGCUCAGGGGAUUCUACAUUUGGAUAUUCAGGAUCAGUGAUGAUUACUUGAAGCUUCUAAAGAAAGCCGACAACGAUGCAUUGUGCGUGUUUGCAUUCUUUUGCGUGUUGUUGAGAGAACUCGAGCGUUAUUGGUGGAUGGAAGGCUGGGCUGUGCAUUUGAUGCGGCGGAUUUACUUGAUGCUAGAUGAUGUGUACAGGUUGUGGAUAAGGUGGCCGAUGGAAGAGAUUGGCUGGAUUCCCGAGCCUGCGUUGAGAUGA